AUGGCCAAGUCCAAGCUUGCCGCAACACAACCAGAACCAGAAAGGGAGAAAAAAGAGAAAAAGAAGCGGGGAGAAAAGAAACCAAAAUCAACUCCACCUCCUGCUCCCGCUGCGGUCCCUUCUGACCGUGAGGAAGAAGGCGAGGAAGUCCAGGAGCCACAAGAAACAAACGAGGAUCAUAGCAGCGACGCAGUUGAAACGGUGGAUGGGGAGGAGAACGAAGAGCAAGCGCCAUAUUGGAGCACUGACGAAGAAGAGAGCGAAAGUGGGAACGAAAGAGCUGUCGUUGAAAACAUUUCAAAGGUCAAGACAGGCACAGUGCAGAGGGGCAAGGUAGUAAUUACCAUUUUUCAGGAAGCCCUACAACGCAUACGAGAAACCAUAAAGCUCGAUCCCUCAUUGCCCUGGACCGAUCAUCUAACCUUAACGUACCCUGAACCAUUGGGCAUCACGAACCCCGAUGAUGACCUACCGAGGGAGCUAGCCUUUUACAAGCAAGCCCUCUAUUGUGCCAACGAAGCAAAAUCCUUGGCCAAAAAAUAUUCCCUCCCAUUCUCCCGUCCAUCCGAUUAUUUCGCUGAAAUGGUCAAAUCAGACUCGCACAUGGAACGUAUACGACAGGGGCUUCUGAACGAGUCUGCUGGAAUUCAGAAGAGUGAAGAGGCGCGUAAGCAACGAGAGUUGAAGAAAUUCGGGAAGCAAGUUCAGGUUGAGAAACUAAAGGAGCGCCAGAAGACGAAGAAGGAUAUGGAGGACAGAUUGAAGUCUCUUAAACGGAAAAGAGGAAAACAAGGUCUUGGUGGUGGUGGUGACGAUGGCGAUGACGAAUUCGAUGUUGCGGUCGAAGAUGCCGUGGAAGAUAAUCCCAAGGGAAAUAAACGCGCUAAGACUGGUUCGGGUCGCAAGAAACCACGGAUGUCCCGGGAGAAGCGAGAUGCCAAAUAUGGCUUUGGCGGUAGUAAGAAAUGGAGCAAGUCAAACACGAGAGAGAGCACGAAUGAUUUCGAUUCUGGAGCGAGACGAAGAAUUGGGACGAAAAAGGCAGGGAAGCCCGCCAAGCGGUACGCCGUCACGAUACAGUCUCCUGCCGAAAAUUCUCGGCUAACUUAUCCCCUUAGGCUUGGGAAAUCUCGUCGACAUGCUACACGGUCACGGAAAUAA